GCGGGGUUUGACCGAUAAUCCAGGAUGUGAAUGUUUUGUUUAGUCCGUGCAACUGGCAAAGAUGUUUACAAUAAAUAUAUUCGGCAUUUUUAUUCUUAGUUGUAUUGACCAAGAAGAAAACAACUAGAUGAAAGCCACAGACGUUUGUCUCUCGCUUUGUCUGCACUUUGCAUGAGCAGAGGGGAUUGAAUGGUCACUGAUUGCUGUCCUCGUUUGGGAUUGCAGCUUGGCCUGUCAGUGUACUGCUGUUACAAUCAUGUUUAUUUCAUAAAGAUGGCAACGAGGGGCACAUUAUAAACUAAAUGACUGUCAGAAACAUCGCCUCUAUCUGUAAUAUGGGCGCCAAUGCCUCUGCUCUGGAGAAAGACAUUGGUCCAGAGCAGUUCCCCAUUAAUGAACACUACUUUGGAUUGGUCAACUUCGGGAACACGUGCUACUGUAACUCAGUGUUGCAGGCUCUGUAUUUCUGCCGGCCGUUCAGGGAGAAUGUGUUGGCUUAUAAAGUCCAGCAGAAGAAGAAGGAGAACCUUCUCACCUGUCUGGCCGACCUCUUCCACAGCAUCACCACGCAGAAGAAGAAGGUGGGCGUGAUCCCUCCCAAGAAGUUCAUCUCACGUCUGCGGAAGGAGAAUGACCUGUUUGAUAACUACAUGCAGCAGGAUGCCCACGAGUUCCUGAACUACCUGCUGAACACGGUGGCUGACAUCCUGCAAGAGGAGAAGAAACAGGAAAAACAGAACGGACGACUAAAGAACAACGGCACUGCCAUCGCCUCAGACACCGAGCCAGAACAGAACAAGGUCGAGCCCACCUGGGUUCAUGAUAUCUUCCAGGGCACACUGACCAAUGAGACGCGCUGUCUCAACUGUGAGACGGUCAGUAGCAAGGAUGAAGACUUUUUGGAUUUGUCUGUAGAUGUUGAGCAGAACACUUCAAUAACACACUGUCUCAGGGACUUCAGUAAUACAGAGACCCUGUGCAGUGAGUAUAAAUACUACUGUGAGAUGUGCUGUAGCAAACAAGAGGCACAGAAACGUAUGCGUGUGAAGAAGCUGCCCAUGAUCCUGGCUCUUCAUCUGAAGCGCUUUAAGUACAUGGAGCAGCUGCAUCGCUACACUAAACUGAGCUAUCGUGUGGUCUUUCCACUGGAGCUCCGUCUCUUCAACACCUCCGGAGACGCUGUCAACCUCGACCGCAUGUACGACCUCGUCGCUGUGGUGGUCCACUGUGGCAGUGGCCCAAACAGAGGGCAUUACAUCACCAUUGUGAAGAGUCAUGGCUUCUGGCUGCUGUUUGAUGAUGACAUUGUUGAGAAAAUUGAUGCACAGGCGAUAGAGGAAUUCUACGGUUUGACUUCUGACAUUUCCAAGAACUCUGAGUCAGGAUACAUCCUGUUCUAUCAGUCCAGAGAAUGAAGGAGCAGAGGAGGAACAGAGGAGGAACGUGAGAAGAGAUCAAAAGGAAGGGUAUUUGUGAAGAUGACAUCCGCUAGAUUCCUUUUCCACAUCCCUCUACUUUUUCUCAUCUCAUACUCAGGGUCUCCAGCUGAGACUGAGUGCCAAAAGCCCUCUGUAAUCCCAUUUGCCAGUAUGACAUUUCCCAAUCUCAAUGCACUCUGCGGGGGGAAAAUCACAUCUUCAAAUCUGACCCUCAAGUCAGUCACCUGCAUCUGGAAGGCACUUUAUAAACAACAAUAUCUAACACAAAAGUAACACAACAACAAAAAAAAUCACAACAUAUUCAACUACAAUACUUGUGAAACCUUGAAGGAAUCAAAAAGCUACAAAAGCAGCAAUGAGUCCUGGUAGUCUAGCCAGGGUCACUGCUUCUGUUCGUUCAGCACCCAGGAAAGUGCCUCUCUUCCUGGGUAUCUGAAACCAGAACGAGGGAUUCUCUCUCUCGAUCUCUGGCUCAAGGUCAGGGACCCAUUUUGGGUCACUUUAGAUGUUUCAUACUGUGAUGCCCACUCAUCAGUCCGCCUUCGUACGACUCUUACCCAGUAACUGGUUGAAUCCACACAUCCUAUUCCAGUCCUGGUCAUUAGAGGGACUGUUUGCACUGUGUGACAGUUUGUUUUGUUGUUUGGCAUGUUGUGGGAAUGGGAUGAUGAUUUUAAGCAGUAGGACUGCACGAUGAAUCGAACGCAAUUAAUCGCGAUUGUCAUGCACAUUUAGUUAGUAAAGCUGGUUCUGUGAUUAGUAGUAAAUCACCUGCUUUCAGGUGGAGCAGCAUUUAUUAAACAUAGCUUAGGAUCAUUUAGGAUUAAGAAAUCGACAAAAUCGUUCGCGAUUAUGACAACUGUUUGAGUAUCUUCUCAGCGAACUUCGACUUUGUGUAGUAAAUGCUGUUUCAUCUGAGAGUACGUGAAAAUGUUUUGAUUCCGAACUCACUUCAAAACAUAAGUCGAGUGCUUGAAAUAAAUCCUUCUGUGAGAUGAUUUGGCUUCUUAGAAUAAUUUAGGCACACAAAAUAUUGUAUUCUAAGCAGUGAUAAAGGCUAUGUCGAUUAGCAUUUCAUUAUAGAUAUACUUUAUCGUGAUGAAAAAUUAUAAUAAGAAGAACUCUGAUAAACCAUAUAUUGCCGUACUCGUGUGUUUAUUAGUCGCGUUGAAUCAAUGAAAGCAGUUAAAUCUUCUGUUUAUUCAGCUAUAGGCAUUAGUGAUGUUCGGUUAUUUAACGAAUCAUUCUUUU